AUGGGAAACAACUCCUCCAACAGUAAGACCACCAGAAUCCAUCCUCCAGAAACACCUAUAUUUGCCGCUAAAGAUUAUGACUUCAGAAUCCCAGCACUUCUGUACGUCCGGGAAUGGAGCACGUUCCUGGCAUUUGCAGAGAAACGGAGAACGUGGAGAGACGAAACGGCAAAGGAUCUGGUAAUGAGGACAGGCACAAGGCAGACUGAUGGCACACUGCAGUGGUCUCCCAUGAAGAUCCUGAAAGAGGCAACUAAGGAAGGCUACCGCACCAUGAACCCUUGUCCAGUCUUUGAGAGGAAGUCCGAAACCCUCUUCCUGUUCUUCAUCUGCCUGAAGUGUGGUAUUCAAGAAUGGGCCCUCAUUCCUGGCCAGUCUCGUCUAUGCUACGUCACAAGCGGUGACUGUGGCGAGACCUGGAGCGACCCAAAGGACCUAACAAACAUCCUCACCAACAAAUUCUCUAACUGUAAGACCUUCGCCCUGGGCCCAGGUCACGGGAUCCAGCUGAGCGGUGAGCUGAGCGGCAGCCUGCUUAUACCCGCCUACGUAAAGGUAUAUGAGGGCAUCUGGUUGCGUAACCGGUCCGUGGUGAUACGCAACCAGAACCCGCUCACUCCUGACACCUGGCAGGUGGGUGAGCCCCUCACCAUGAAGACCGGCGAGUGUCAGCUGGCCGAGGUGUGUAACAGGGAGGGGAGACGACAGGUGUACAUGAAUGCCCGCAGCGCUGGAGAGUUCCGACUGGAGGCGCUAAGCGACGAUGGCGGGAUUAGCUUCACCCUUCUCCCUGAGCUGACUCUCAAAGAGAGGCCAAAUGGCUGCCAGGGGAGCGUACUGGCUUUCCCAGCCAGAGAACUUCCGGCAGGAGUAGAAGAAGGAGGACAAGAGGGAUCCCAGGAGACGGCAGGACAGGGAGAAGGAGGACAAGAGGGAUCCCAGGAGACAGCAGGAGUAGAAGAAGGAGGACAAGAGGGAUCCCAGGAGACAGCAGGAGUAGAAGAAGGAGGACAAGAGGGAUCCCAGGAGACGGCUCUGCUCUUCAGCCACCCGACUGCAGGGGAGGGCUACCACAGGAAGGACCUGGGGCUCUACGUGAGCAAGUCUCUGCAGGACCAACCCCCAUGGGGAAAGCCCUCCAUCAUCCACCCAGGCACCAGUGGAUACUCUGACCUCACCCACUGCGAGAAGGAGGGCCAGUUUGCCUGUCUCAUGGAGUGCGGUGGAGGGGAACGCCUUCAGAUUGUCUUCAGAGAGUUUGAUCUCCACAGUCCUAGUGGAGCUAUGCCAAAGGCUCCAUGA